CAACUCCCACUCCCAUCGCUUUCGGUCACUUGAGGGUUUUGUACAGCUUUCCUUGCAGCUCCAAUUGCGUAAAAAGGAUAUACUGCGAUUGAACGAAAACAAUCAUGUCUGCGCCAGGCGGGGCCCCGAGCCCUGCACCGCGGAGUGCAAGCAUCGGGCCUGGUGGUGUGCCAAUGCCACACCAACAGCCCAUGGCUGGUACGCCAGUUUCGACUCCUGGACCUCCCCCUCCCCCUCCUCAGAGUGGCCCUAUGUCUCAGCAAAACUUGAAUCAAAUAUUCUCCUCAUCGCGUGUUUUUGAGCAUCACUGGUUAGAGUGUCGUUGACACUCUAUUUUGCCUUACCUUCUUGAAGCCUGUAAUACCGCGCAGUACACUGACGCUUUCUACCAUUCAUAGGUCAUCGACUACUUGGCAAAGAAGGGUUACAGUCGUACGGAGGCUAUGCUCCGCAUGGAGUCUGCCAAUCAAGAAAUUGACGGCCGCCCUCUACCACCCCUUGGCGAAGAUGCUCGCCCCAAAUACAAAAUGGGCUUUGAAUUACUCAAGGUCUGGGUUGAGGAAAACUUAGAUCUGUACAAGCCGGAACUUAGGCGUGUUCUGUGGCCACUGUUCGUUUACUCGUUCCUCAGUAUGGUGGCCUCCUUUUAUUCCCCAGACGCCAAGAUGUUCUUUGAGACGUACAAGAACCUUUUUCUUCCAGAGCAUACGGAAGAUGUGCGCUCGUUGGAACACAUCAGUCUCCCCGAACACGCCCAGGACAAUCAUACGGCAAAAUUAUAUCGCAGCAACAAGUAUCGUUUAGUUCUCAGCAAUCCUGCCUUCUCGAAUCUCAUGCAAUUCUUAGAAAGCAAGCAGAAGGAAGGAGGGUCUGUCAUGUCUGCCAUCCUGAGCAGCUACUGCACUAUUAUCACAAAGGACCGUUCUGCCGAUGACAGAUUCAGUUUUGCCGCUGUGCUUGGUCAAGCUGGCGCAGGCCAGUCUUUUCCUGCAGAAGACGAAGGCAUCCCAGGUCACCACCCUGGAUCCGCCUAUACCGGUGAUAAUCCUGCUAUGGCUGGCACUCUUCCCCGACUCAGACUUGGAAAGCUCCCUCUGGAUCAGACGCUGGAAGCUGAUGUCCGGGGGGAACUUGUGGCAGAAGACUCAAAGAAUCCUCCGGGACCUGGCCGGAACAAUCUCGUUCAGGAAUUCGAGCAGAUGAUUAAGAAAGAAGAGGAGGAGGAGGCCCCUACACGAGCAGAUAUUCCUUAUCCUCCCGCUACCGCUCGAGAUGUUGCAAUAGAAGUGCAAAAGGUUAAGGAGCACCGUGACAGGUUCAAAAUCGAAGGUCGUACCGGAGGCAUUGGCCCAGCUGUUAGCGUUUGCAUGUUCACUUUUCACAACACCUAUGACGGUGUCAAUUGCCUGGAUAUCUCUGAUGAUAGCAUGCUCGUCGCAGCGGGAAUGCAAGAGUCUUAUAUUAGGGUCUGGAGUGUGGACGGAAAGCGAAUUGAGUCGGCGUAUGACUCUGCGAACGACAGCCAGCCUUCGAAUUCCCGCCGUUUAAUCGGGCAUUCUGGCCCUGUCUAUGCCGUAGCAUUUGCUCCUUCGAGUAUGCGCUCAGAAGACGCUGUGGCGCCGACAAAUGCACGCUGGCUACUUUCCUCUUCCGAGGAUAAGACCAUCAGACUAUGGUCUCUAGACUUAUGGCAGUGCAUGGUUGUCUACAAGGGUCAUGACCAGCCGGUCUGGGAUGUGACAUGGGGACCAUAUGGCCAUUAUUUUGUUUCAGGUGGUCAUGAGAAAACGGCUCGUCUCUGGGUCACAGAUCAUAUCCGCCAGCAACGUAUUUUCGUCGGACAUGAGCAAGAUGUAGACUGCGUCUGCUUCCAUCCAAACUCUGCCUACGUUUUCACGGGUAGCUCUGACCGUACCGUUCGCAUGUGGGCAGUGACAACAGGCAAUGCUGUUCGCAUGUUCACCGGGCAUACAGGAAAUGUCACGGCUCUCGCAUGCAGCAGAGAUGGAAAGAUUCUAGCCUCGGCGGAUGACCAUGGAUCAAUUAUUUUAUGGGAUCUGGCACCCGGAAGACUGCUGAAACGUAUGCGCGGCCACGGAAGAGGCGGUAUCUGGUCGUUGAGCUGGAGCGUCGAAUCGACGGUCUUGGUAUCCGGCGGUGCUGACGGAACCGUUCGUGUAUGGGAUGUUGCUGGUCCCACGCACGACCCAUCACAAGGACGAGUCGUAGCGGAUGGUUCAACAGGGACCAAGAUUGAUGCUGGAAACCCUACCGCUCCGGGCACGCAGACUUCUACUUCUGUUGGGCUCGGUAUGGGCAAGAAGAAGGGCAAAGACGUGGUUGUUACUCCUGAUCAGAUCAGCGCCUUCCCGACCAAGAAGAGUCCCGUAUACAAGGUGAAAUUUACCAAUAUGAAUCUGAUCAUUGCUGCAGGCGCUUACCUUCCUUGA